AGGUUUCCAUUCCCGGUUGAGCCUGGGAUCCUGCUGCGGAGGAAUGGCGGUGCCCUCGUCCCCUAAGCCCUCGGGAUGUGAAGGGUUAACGCAGGUGGCCGCGCAGAAGCCCCCAGCACCGCUAGAGGGACCGUCGCAGCGGCACCGCCGGGCUACUUCGCGGUCACGUGGGGGCGAGGGCGGGACCAAGCAAGAGGCCGACCAAUCGGCUGAGCUGCCGGUGGGCGUGCUAGCCAAUAGGAGCAAGGAGAGGGGUCCCGGGACUAGAAAGAAACGGCGGCCGAGAGGGGUCUACCGCGACCAUGGGGCUUCUGACCAUUCUGAAGAAGAUGAAGCAGAAAGAGCGGGAGCUGCGGUUGCUGAUGCUCGGCCUGGACAAUGCUGGCAAAACCACCAUCCUCAAGAAGUUCAAUGGGGAAGACAUCGACACCAUCUCCCCAACGCUGGGCUUCAACAUCAAGACCCUGGAGCACCGAGGAUUCAAGCUGAACAUCUGGGAUGUGGGCGGCCAGAAGUCCCUACGGUCCUACUGGCGGAAUUACUUUGAGAGCACCGACGGCCUCAUCUGGGUGGUGGACAGCGCCGACCGCCAGCGCAUGCAGGACUGCCAGCGGGAGCUCCAGAGCCUGCUGGUGGAGGAGCGCCUGGCUGGAGCGACUCUCCUCAUCUUUGCCAACAAGCAGGACCUGCCCGGAGCGCUGUCCUCGAACACCAUCCGCGAGGCCCUGGAGCUGGACUCCAUCCGCAGCCACCACUGGUGCAUCCAGGGCUGCAGCGCCGUCACCGGGGAGAACCUGCUGUCUGGCAUCGACUGGCUCCUGGACGACAUUUCCAGCCGCAUCUUCACGGCCGACUGAGUCGCUCCAGAUGCCCCCCAACCUCGAAGUCCAGGCCCCCGCAACCAGGCCCUCACCAAGCACCAUCCAUGGGGGGAUGGGCAUCAGCCAGCCCAAUUAACACUCCCCAUUCCCCUCUGUAACCUGCUGCUGCUACUGCUGCCCGCUGCUGCUCCAUGGCCAGCCAGCUCCCACGGCAGGAGGGCUGCCACCUUGGCUGUCACCCUGGCUCCUGACCUGGCCCGCCUGCAGCUGCCACACCAAGAGGAGAGGGCUGGGGCUGGGAGGGGGCUGCCUGUGUUGCUCUCAAGGCUGUGGGCCUCGUCCUUUGCUCAGCUGUGAGAAUAAACCAUUCUUUGCUCCA